AUGUCGACUUCUAUGCCCUCUAAGAAUGUUCUUAGAGGGAAGUACACCAUCCGCGCUAAGGACAUUAUAGAGGUCCUCUCACACCGCAAAAGAGACGGAAUAGAGGAGUACCUAGUCCGAUGGCGGACGCAGCCCGUAUUUCCCUGCCCUCCACACGCCAUUGCGUCCUGGCACGCGCUUCCUGAGCUUCGAAAUGCGCUGCAUCACGUACAAGCCUACAUUGAGAGAUAUUCUCUCUCUGGCAAUGGAAUUGGCCCAUCAUCAACAGCGCCGCCAUCCAAAAAGAGAAAGUCGCCAUUGGAUGACUCUCCUCUGUCACGUGCCAGGCUUGGCGUCAACGGUAGUGGUCUGCUCACGCCUGCAGACUCCGUGAUCGAUUUGUGCUCGCCAGAACCCGACGAACGAGACGGACCUCGAAUCUAUAAUGGCUACCUUCAGUACAAGGAAGGCAGUAUCAUUGCCAAAAAGGACACGACAGGAGAGGCCGCCAAGAUUAAUGCGAGGGACCUCCCUACACCAUCCAUGGUCGAAGAGGCUGCCAGAACGCCGGUGAACCAAGCGGAAGCGGGCAUCCGCGGUGCGUUUGAUGACAAGCUGCGAAAAGUCCCCAAGGUGCGCCUGGAGAACCAGUUCGAUUCCACGACGCCCAACCUCAAUUUCGACUUCAUCGACGAGUACGUUCUGCGAGAAGGAGUCUCCGGCAACGCACCGGAGACCUUUCAAGGUUGCCAGAAAUGCAAGCCCGAUGCGAGUGGCAACAUCGAUUGUGGACAGACGGCAAGAUGCGACUGCCUGGAAUUUGCCGCUGUGGACUUGGCCGCAUUCAAGAGAAAGGAUCCCGAGAUGUUCCAAGUCUACCAAAUCGCGACAGAAGCUGCGCAAGAGGAAUCCAACGCUGCCGGUGAAGAGUAUCUGGGUCGUGAUGGAAUCGAUACAGCUGGCAUGCCCAAACGAGCUCCCUACACAAAGCCUUCGCGUCCCGGCAAACCGCAGACCAUGAACCCCUUUUAUCUGGAGGCGCGUCGACCCAUCUACGAGUGCAAUGUGAAUUGCAAGUGCGGACCUGGUUGCCAUUCGAGGCUCGUACAAAAAGGAAGACGCGUGCCUCUCGUAAUCUUCAAGACUGGAGCCGAGCGAGGUUGGGGUGUGUACUGCGAAGAAGACCUCUUCGCAGGAGAAUUCAUCGAUGUGUACCUAGGCGAAGUCAUCACCGACGAGGAAGCGGGGCGACGAGAAAGCUCGCAAGAGGGAUCCAAAGACAAGUUAUACUACCUCUACAGCCUGGACAAGUUUGUCGGAGAUCGUGAUCCGACCAACGCCAACGCCCCACUGAAACAAGAAGACUGCUACGUGGUCGAUGGACAGUACAUGGGAAAUGUCACACGCUUCAUGAACAAUUCCUGCGAGCCGAAUGUGCGACAGUAUACGGUGUCGUACAAUAAACACGACCUCAAACUCUACAGUCUUGCCUUUUUCGCCAAUCAGAAUAUUCCUGCAGGGAGAGAAUUGGUUUUCGAUUAUCUGGAUUCGGAUCCGCAGGAAUUGGACGUGGCGAUUCGAAGAAGAGAGGCUGCUCUCGUGGAUCCGGACUAUGUGGGAAAACAGAGAUGUUUUUGCGGGAGUGCCAAGUGUAGAGGGUUUUUGUGGGAUAAAGAGGUUGCGUAGGUCAGGUAAGGAAGAAGAUUCGGAAUUUCUUUUUUCCUACGAACGAUAUGAAAUGAUGGGAGGAGAGGGGGGGACACAUCCAGCGCUUCUCAAAAAGAGAGUGAGUAAGUCGUAUGAAGCAGUUACAGGCUGUACCUCAGGUAGUGACGAUACUCAAGAGAGAGAGG